AUAUAGUCGGCGGAUUAUUUCCGACGCGUCAUGUCGCGAGCGCUGCCGUCCCAAUACCAAUCUAAACACAUUACCGAAAGUCGGCCUAAGCUCUGAACGUUUAUUACGCUUCUGUUUUAAAACAUUGAUUAACUAAAGUUCACACAAUGUUGGGCGUGCAACAUAAACUCAUCAGAUUUUAUAGCUCUUAGGAUUUCGUGUGUUGGUGGUGGUUUUUAUAGUGUUCACUUUUCAUAAAUAAACCGAUGAGUAUAUUCAACUAACAAUAUGAUCGUCAUAUUUUUGUUUCUAUUUUUGCUGCACUCUCAAUGUGGUUUAUCGGAUGACAGACUGAUAGGCGGUAUAUUCUACAAAGAUGCGGAAGACAUGCAAGUCGCUUUAAAAAUAAGCGCUAAAAUGUAUAAUUAUACUACUUCGAUUAAAGAAGUAUCAAAACGAGGAGAGAUUUUAGAAAUCAGCAAACUCGUGUGCGAACUUGCAAAGGAAGGAGUAGUCGGUAUAAUCGACGGUCUAGGAGGACGUGCAAGCGAACACAUCCAAGCCGUGAGUGAUAUGCUUGAGCUACCUCACGUGAUAAUACCACACAAUGAUUUAUACGCUCAGAACUGGUCGGUCUUAAACAUGUACCCCAGUCCCAUAGCGUAUAACAGCGCUUUAAAAAAUAUUAUAGAAUACAAAGAGUGGAAAAACUUCACGCUAUUAUACGUAAGGGGGAAUAGUUUAUUAAAAAUGACGGAUCUGAUGAGUAUGGGGAACAGUACCGACAAACACACGGUUAUAGUCAGGGAACUAAGUGGAGAUGAUUACAGAGACGUGUUAAUAAAUGCGAAGCAGAACGGCUGUGUAAACUUCGUGGUAGACUGUCCGUCGAGGAAUCUGGAACAGUUAUUGAGCCACGCUCAACAAGUCGCCUUAAUGGCGGAGGAACAUUCGUAUAUCAUUUUGUCGCCUGAUCUAUUUACCCUGGACUUGGAGCGAUACAGAUAUGGCGGUGUUAAUAUGACUGGUUUCCGUAUGGCCAAAACUUCGAACAAUGAAAUAUUGUGGAACUUAACUGCUCAAUUUAAUGAAGAUACGGGAAGUUCUUUUGAACCUGAUGAUAUAAACACUAAUAUAUUAUUGAUACAUGAUGCUAUAGUAGUGUUCAAUGCCGCUAUGGACAAAGUGAACGUCACACCAUCUGAGCUUGAUUGUGAUAAUUAUGAGUCAUGGACAUAUGGAUCAACUCUGCUUAACUUUAUGAAAACGAACAAAAUUGAAGGUUUAACAAGAACGUUGCUAUUUGAUGGCUUUGGACAGAGGGUUGAUGUUACUAUGGAUUUAUUAGAAUUGACUCCAUCUGGUAAUCAAACUAUUGGAACGUGGAAGGGAAACAAUUUGUUGAUAGAAAGACCUAUAACACCCGGGACAGAAAUAGGAGAAGAAUCUAUCCUAAAAAAUAAAAGUUUGAUAGUUCUCAUAUCUAAGACCGCACCUUACGGCUUCGAGAAACAAUCGUCCACGGAAUUGGAAGAUAACGAUCGCUACGAAGGAUUCACAAUAGAUCUGAUUGAUAUGUUGUCAAAUAUUCUAGGUUUUAGCUAUAAAUUCAGAGUCGAGAGUAAUUAUGGUUCUCUUGAUACUGGCGAAUGGGAUGGAAUGGUCCGCGAGCUAAUGGACGAGAAAGCAGAUUUGGCAAUAUGUGACUUAACUAUCACAGCCGAAAGACAAUCUGCCAUCGAUUUCUCACAGCCAUUCAUGACACUUGGUAUUGGUAUACUUUAUAAAGAGCCAAGCAAACAACCACCUGAAAUGUUUUCUUUCAUGGCUGUGUUUUCAAAAGAGGUUUGGUACAAUAUGAUGCUAAUUCAGUUAGGGUUGGGGUGCAUUAUGAUUUUCAUCGGGCGCAUUUCACAAAAGGAAUGGCAAAAUCCCGUACCGUGUAUCGAGCAGCCUGAAGAACUUAGCAAUCAGUUCAGCUUCGCUAAUUCGGUGUGGCUUAUCAUUGGUUCUGUGAUGCAGCAGGGAUCGGAGAUUGCUCCUAUUGCUUUAGCUCCUCGAAUGAUCACUAGUGUAUGGUGGUUCUUCACGAUGGUGAUGGUGGCUUCAUAUGUGGGAACUUUAGUAGCGUUCCUGACUGUCGAAAAGAACGUAUUACCGUUUGAGACCCUGGACGAACUAUACCGUCACAAAUCGAUCUCUUAUGGGGCGAAAGUGAAAGGCUCAACUAUAGAUUUUUUCAAGAAUUCAACAACGGACUUCCACGUGGAAAUGUAUAAAAAAAUGAAAAGUCGCGGCUGGCUCGUCAAAAACAAUGAUGUCGGAGUGGCUUUGGCUGAAAACAGUACAUACGCAUUCUUUAUGGAAUCAACAUCUAUAGAAUAUUAUAAGGAGAGACAUUGUGAUUUGAUGCAAGUCGGCGAUUUGCUCGAUUCAAAGAGUUACGGAAUUGGGAUGAAAAAACGUAUAACAUUUGCAUAUUUAAUUCCCCCCUACAAGCGGUACAUUGACGAUGCGCUGUUAAGAUUGAAGGAAAAAGGUGAAAUACAAAAAUUGAAGGAUGUUUGGUGGAAGGAAAAGAGGGGAGGCGGCAAGUGCGGAGUUAAAAACAACGAAGAGGAAAAACAACUGGGAAUGAAGAAUAUGCUCGGUGCGUUCGUGGUAUUAGGAGUGGGCUGUCUUAUAGGACUGUUCUUAUCGACUCUGGAUAUGCUGUGGGGGGUGUUUAAGCGGUCCGUUAAAUACGGAACAACAUUCAAAUACGAGCUAAUAGAAGAGUUGAAAUUUGCUCUCACGUUCAGUGGGAAUGUGAAACCUGUGAAACGAAACCUGAAAGAUGGCAGUUCAGAGGCGCUCGCCGAAGCCGAGAGGAAAGACGAAAUUCGCUCGCUCAAGUCUAUACGUUCUGGCAGAUCUACGGAUACACAUCGAACUCAUCACUCACAUGGCUCAAGGCAUUCAUCUAGAAGUCUUAGUGUUGCGUUUGCUAAGAGGCGAGAGUACAGCUAGGAUAAAAAUUAUAAUCUUGACACAGUUACGCAAUGAUAAGAUUUACAUAAUAAUUUUAAUCAUUAAAAAACUAGUCAUUAGAAUAUUUUAGUACAUGUCAUCUAAUGAUUCGAUCAAAAAAUCAUACGCGCGAUGGAAAGUGCUAUGCAUAAAAUAAUAAUAAACUAGAACUAAAAUAACACAAAGCAUAAUGCACUUUGAUUUUAUCAAAUGACAGCUAAGAGCUCAUCUCAUAAUAUUCUCAUUUGUUUGACUAGAUUCAAUAAUCUUUAGAAUCUGAAUAUGACUUCGAAACAGAAAUAUACAAGCAUCUAACUAUUUGGAAA